UCUCUCUCCCCCGCCCCUUCAUAUAUUCUCCUUCCUCAACCCACAAAAAUACUCAUUCCCAUCAUAAUCCCCCAAUUCCAACUACUCCCUUACAUUUCCCCCCUUUUCUCUCUUCUCUCAAUUUCCCAUCCCUAAUGAACCAUUUCUCCUUAAACCUCCCUUCUUCCGAUACACUCUGGUAUACCCCUACUACAAUGGAACACCAUCCUAAAUCCUUACCCUUCUUCUAUCAUUCUUCCCUUUCUCUCUCUUCCAAACAUGAUGACGUUGAUUCCGACAACAGUUCCACUAACAACAUCGCCGCCACCAAUGCCAUUGACCGAUCGGAAACCACGUCGUCGUCUCCUUCUUCUGCUGACCAAGAAUACAUGUUUGAAAAACCCUUGACUCCAAGCGACGUCGGCAAAUUAAACCGUCUUGUUAUCCCCAAACAGCACGCUGAGAAGUACUUCCCUCUCGCCGGUUCUUCCACCGUCGAUUCAUCUACCUCUUCGGUCGGAGAUAAAUCCACCGGCGGAGUUGGAGGCGGCGGGGUUUUGUUAGGGUUUGAAGACGAGUCUGGAAAGUGCUGGAAGUUUAGGUACUCUUACUGGAAUAGUAGUCAAAGCUACGUGUUAACCAAAGGUUGGAGUCGUUACGUUAAAGAGAAGAAACUUGACGCCGGCGACGUCGUUUUAUUUCAACGGCAUCGGCUUGAGUCUGACCGAUUUUUUAUUGGUUGGCGCCGUCGCGGUUCUGCACCGCUGUCUCAGAGUAACCCGGUUCGGUAUAAUAAUAAUAAUAAUAAUAAUAAUAAUGGUCAGAAUUACGGCGUUGUGCAGUCGCAGAGCUACAAUGGUGCACCUCAGCAACACCAGAUUGCUUCUUUUCCGUCUUACCGACCUGACGGUCUUCAUACAGGGACAGAAGUUAGGCAAAAGGGAAGAAAAUCAGGGGGUGGGAAUUCAAAAAGCGUGAGAUUAUUUGGGGUAAAUUUGGAAUGCCAAAUUGAUGGAGAACAAGAAGAAGAUGAGGAGGCUCAAACUUCAGAUGGGUCAUCUUUAUCAAGCCAAGGUCAAGGUCAGGUUUUUGGCGUGGGUCCCCCUGCAUACAAUUACUUUGACUACGUGAAUAACAACCAUUACCCUUCUUCUCACAUGGAUAUGAAUUACCCACAAGAUGUCAACCAGAUGAGGAUGUGAGGGAGUAGUACACUACUCAUUUUUCUCUGACAAAGAGAGUCCCAAAGGCAAAGGAAUGGAGGAGAAAUUGACAGCACAGGAGAAGAGGUAUGGCGUGGGCCCUACUUUUUGUUGCAUCGAUAUCUGUGAUAUUUGGCUUAUAAGUACAAUUUGCCCAUUUCCAACACGUGGCACUUUGGUUCUAUACCUUCCAAAGAAUCUAUUUGCCUCCAGAUUUUUUGAUUCAGGAGGGUGAAUUAAUUAGCAUCGGUGAAAUACUCCGUAACACGAACACGCGAGUAUAAAUUGUACUUUUGAGAACCCAAAAUAGUUUCAAGGCCCACUUUUAGUUUCUAACAUUAUCUUCCCAGAGAAAUGAGAAGUAAUCUUGUAGA